AUGUCGUCCAGCUCUAGGCCUCAAGACUCAGCCACCGGGGCCCCGGUCCCCAUCCCGCGCCCGCAGGCAAACACCCUACUCACUUCGUUCACCGCAUUCUUGACCAUCACCAUCCACACGAUCCUCUACUACCGCCGGCUAUACCCGCAAAGGACGUUUCUUAUGACCAAAGCGCACAACCUACCUGUCCCACAAUCCCGGCAUCCAGCUCUUUGCGAGUGGAUCAACUCGGCCCUGGCCGCCAUCCAGGACCAACUUGCGCUCGGCGCCGUCACCAAAGUCUGCAUCGUUAUUCAUGCGCCAGACUCCAUGGCCGUAGUUGAACGAUGGGUGUUUGACGUUACAAACUUCCCUGUCUGGGCUACCGGCAAGGGCAAGGAGAAGCUGGGCGCAGGCCCGAGAUUCCAGCGACGGGAAGAGGAGGACGACGAUGGAUCCGUGAACUGGGUGGACGUGAAUGAGGCGUACAGAGGCGCUUUGAGACGCAUUUCGUAUGCGGGAGAGAUAAAGGAUCCUUUGCCCGAGGGAUGUACUUUCACACUGGCCGUCGAAUUACGAGAUGAAGCACCCGCGCCCAUAGGUCAUCCCCAACCCUGGAUUCCCUCUGAGCCGUCUCUUCAACCAGCGUCCAAGACAAACCCAGUGCCGGGCGCCAACAUUGGUGGGGCUGCCACCACGCCACUUCGGUCCGUUGAAGCUGGACCGCUCUUCUUCGAGUGCUGGAUUGAGGAAGGCAAGAAAAAUUCCUCGGAGUCUCCGCCCGAUACUCAAGACUCGUAUUAUUCCUAA